AUGCAUCCUGACAGGAUCAUGGAAGGUCUGAAACAGGGAAACUCUAUCGAGCUUGAGCUUGUGGAGAAGCUCAGAGAGGGUCUGGGACUUAUUGCCGACGGUAUGCGCACAGAGUGUCUCAAUCGAAGCGAUGCACUACGCGAGUUGAGGGAGGAGCUGGAGACUGAACGCAUUGAGCCAGAACGUGCUGCCGCACUGCAAGAGCAAAUCCAACUUACGCGCCUUGUACAAGUCAACAUACGCGAGUACCAAGACACCAUAGUCUCGUGCAAGGAACAAUACCAGCAAGAAGUUGCCGCAAUCCGACUAGAUUUCGAAAUUAUGACCCAGUACCACGGCCGUCUACGCGAGAACGCCGCAAAGCAGCAACGGAUUCUGAACAACUUUGUCCUCACGAUGAAAAGCCGUGGACAGGUCGAAGGCAUACAUGAGCUCAGAGAAAUGAUGAGAUUCUGGCAGACAAGCAGCAUGUUCCUCGACAACGAGUACAAUCGCCUCCAAGAGCGCAGGGUUGGACGAAGCAACGAGGCUUGGAGCAGGUACCAGAGGGAGACAAGGACACUUCACGACCAAAUCCGCGUCUUGGAACGCAUUGCGGAGUCUGCGGGGUUGGACGUAGAGGAAGAUUAG